AUGCAGUCGAACAUUGCACGUCCUUCUCAGUCGGGAAGCGAAAGACGGUCAGUCACCAUUAUCGUAGCAGCUUCACAGUCCAUGGGUAUGAGCUUCAAAAGAAGAUUGCCCUGGCCCAGGUUGCAACGCGAAAAUGCUUACUUCCAUAACACAACGAAGCGAGUUCCAACGGAAGGUACCCUGAACGCCGUAAUCUUUGGCUACAACACUUGGGACAAGACACCGACGAAGUACUACCUAGGUAGAAUCAACGUUGUUAUCACCAAGGACCCCGAAGAAGCUCUGCAGCGGUUGAGCAGUGAGUAUAGAAAUGAUUUUGUUCACGUUGCAACGGACAUCAAUACCGCAGUUGAGUUACUUGAGAGGACAUAUCCGUACCCAGACAAUGGGUUCGCGGACGGACACGUUGGUGCUGAGACUAGGGUCGGUACUCCAUACCUUGGAAGAAUUUUCGUCAUUGGGGGAGCAGGACUGUGUCGAGAAGCUUUAAGCUAUUCAUGGGUCGAUCGCCUGCUUCUAACGAGAGUGAUUUGUGAUUUCAAAGCUGACACCUUCUUUCCUCUGGUUUUGGGUGGCAGAGGUAAUGAAGAGUGGCGUCGGCAAGAUGACCAGGCCUUUCAAAACUGGGGAGGUGAUGAGGUCCCCAUUGGUGUGCAAUUCGAGAAUGGGCUUGAGUGGCAAACAUUUAUGUUCGAACGGGCCUGA